AUGAGCUCUGGCCGAAGAAGAGCUGCGAUUGCUCUACCUCCCGUAAACGAGUUUGACCAGCCACUUAUAGGUUUUUUUUUUCAAAUGUUUAAUUAGGACAUCUUUCUCUUUACAAAAAUAAUGUUUCACAUUAUCGAAGGCUUUCAAAUUCAAAAGAGUUUGCAUAGAACUUCUGAAACAAAUUAAUAUAUGGCUUUAAUACGUUCUAAGGCUUUUUUUUAAAAUACUCAGGAUAGAUUCAGAUGCUACAUUUUAAUCAAAAUAUUUUUCAUCAUUAUCAAGUUUUCAGGAUUUGAUUACAAGAUAGAUGUGCCUUUACUUUCUCCAAUUCAUCAACACACCUUCCGGCCAUCAAGUUUACAGCAGGUUAAUAUAUUUCGCUGUUAUCAACUAUUCUCUUCAUCCUUUAUUCAAUUUUUGACUCUUAUAUUUUCUAGUUUUAAAUAAUAACAAUGAAAAAAACAUUAUAGAUUCAAUAUUGUCAGAAUCUAUGAGAUUAUUCCUUUUUUCGAAUCCUUUAUUAUUUUUGCAUUGAAAUUUGAAGUUUCAUCUCGAAAAUCGCAUAGGAUAUUCCUGAACGUGGCUGAACUUUUCAUUUUGCCGUUUGCCAGUUCACCUGUCAGUUUCUCUAAUUUCAUAGCCACCAUUCAUAAAAAAAAUAACAAAAAAAGUCAAAAGGGAACAAAAAAAUGUUGAUGAGGGCUGCUUCUUGGAUUGCUCCGUUGCUUUCACGUUGUAAACACGACUCGGUGGCGGCACAACAUUUCCUAUCUUCCAACCAUUUUCCAACAUCCUCCGACCUAUUAUGAUUCAUUAAUUCCCCUACUUUCCAAACAAAAAAGAGAUAUGUCCGAAGAAUCCAAUAUCCACAGUAAGAAAGUAUUCCUUCGGUUUCACACACGCGGCUCUAACGCUUCCAUCAAUUUUCAACGUCCUAAAUACGUCUUACAGAAGGUUGAAUACAUUAUUUUUUGUACUUGUCUGUGUCUGAGAACUGUCUAACUUUAAGAUGAAUAGCUUAUAACAAGACAUUUUUAUUUUCAAAACCCUUCUUUUUUUUUCAAAUUCCAGUUGAGCUUGUGAAAUUUUGAAAGCAAAAGACUACGAUAAGGAGAUUGACUAGUUAUGAACUUGAGUUAUUCAACACUUUUCAGGUCGUAGACGAGACACACUUUUCUAAAAAUGAAGUUCGAGCAAUUUACCGAGCUUUUAAAGAAACUUCUCCGAAUGCGGUCAUAAACAAAGGUAAUUUUCCAUCAAUUUUAUUUUAACCAGUAUUUUUCAGUUAUUUUGAGAGAGAAAUUUGCUGAGUUGUUCCCACACGGUGAUAUUGAGCAUUAUUCUGAUUUAUUAUUUGAUACGUUCGACAACGAUGGAAACGGGACAAUCAAUUUUCAGGUUUGUGCCUAAAGAUGUACUUAUAUUUUUGAGAGGUAUCCCGACUAUUACGAAAACGAAAAAAGUCUUCGUGAGAGCAUGAUUUACUUCAAUUGUCGCUAACCAGACCUUGAGUCAUAUCGUAACUUUUGGAUCAUUUGUUCAAUAGAAAUAUUGAACGACUCGAAUUUAUCAUGAGAAGUUGUAGAUAAUAUCUGUAAAAAAAGAUGAUAAGCGGUAAAACUUGGGAACUCAAAGAGCCCGACUCUCAUCUUUGGAGAGUAGAUAAAGCGACUUUUUAAAGUGGAUGAUGGGCCUUGAAAACUCCAGAGAACGAGUACAACAUCUUGACUGGCAAUUUUUCAAAAUGUUAGGAACCCAUAAUUUCAUUUACAGAUUUUUAUUAAAAUUUGUUUGCGCGAAAAAUUUGGAUUUGACUCAAAUCUUCAUUUUAUAAGAGAAUAUUUAGUUUUCAAGGAUAAACACAAAAUAAUGAAUGAGGAACCGAAAAUGAAACAGCUCAAAUUAUUGCACUUUUUUAGUAAUUUAUUUGAUCUAAUUUCUUGUUGUUUCAGGAGUUUGUAAAAGCUCUAUCGAUUUUAUGUCGAGGUACAAUGGAUGAAAAGUUAGACUGGCUGUACAAACUGUACGACCCAAAAGAUAAAGGUGAAGUGACCUGGCACCGACUUUAUUAUGUUAUUACUUCAAUGGACGAUUUGAUGGGUAGAAACUUCUUCCUGUUUAGUAACUUAUCGCAGAUUUCAGGUCGGAAAGCGAAGCCAAGUUACACCAGAGAACAGAAACACGAACGAGCGUCUCAAGUUUUUCAGGUUUCAAGUUUCAUUUUUUUUUUGUAGAGAAACCUCUGAAUCAAGAAAGCUAACACACACCGGUUGAGAAGGCUAAUCUGUAAAGUUUGAAUCAUUUUUUAACACGGAAAUCGUGCUAUUUCAAGUUUUCAAUGUUUUCCUUUUAAAGUUUUGUUUCUAGGGACUUGUUUGUAGUAACUCAGAUUCUAUCCAUUUUGAACUUAACUCAAAGAAGUUUCCAGAAGUUUGACGUUGGAAACAAAGGCCGUAUAACAAAAGAAGACUUUAUCCGAAUUUGCAAGACGGAUCGAACUAUUCUUAACUCAAUCUCAGCAUUGUACACCAUUUUACCUGGUUGA